AACUUGUCGGGCAAAAUUAGCAAAUCACCACUUUACACCGGCAGCGAGGCAACGUUGUUAAACCUUUUACAAGAGUUUUAUUUGUACAGUAAUGUUCACUAUUCGCCUCAUUUUAAUGCCGAAUCUUGGGUUGUUUGCUCACUUUGCAUUUCUUGCUAGGCGAUGGAGGAGCAGCCCGUUCAGACGAGUCAGGAAGAGCAAGUAGUGUUGCGAGAGGACAGCAGUCGGCGGAGACGAAGGAAAGCCAUCACGUCGUCCUCCUGCGCUUCCAUGGAUCACGUCGCCGUGGAGUUCAUCCUCCCGACACCCACGCAGGGUGGCGACGCCCCUGACUCGCUGCAACUGGAAGUUGCGGGAAACUGGACAGUGGAACAGGUGAAGGCUCAGGUUUGGCUCAAUGCAGUGACCUCCAACCUGUGUCCGGAAUUCUACAAAAGGUUUUCUCCAGACCACUGCAUACUGCUCUACCAGAAGAAAGGCAACACGUGUGAAAUCUAUGACAAACACCAAGUUUUCCAGACAUUGGACUGCGUUCGCUACUGGAGAGCUUUGAAGAAGGACGUCGGCCGGAUCAAGAUGGUCCCUCGUCCGCAGCCCUCGGAUCAGAACCUCCAGUACCAGUGUUUCCUCAACUAUCUGAUCGGCUACGACGUCACCGACGUCAGCAACGUACACGAUGACGAGCUGGAGUUUACCCGCAGGAAGUUGCUGACGCCGAGACGCGUCGAGUUGUCGGGACGCGACGCUAAGCUUUACUCCAUGGACCCGUGGGUGACACCCAAGGUGUUGCCGGAGCACCUUUUGGGAAAGGUCACCAACGGCCACGUCCUGGUGGUGAUCCACAUCCACUCAGCCAGUCACACCAUCAAGGUGUCCAUCGACGACACCCCAGCGCAGGUUUUGUCUUGCUUCUUCUCCAAAAUGGCAAAUAAAAGAGGCUUGCUGGGCAUCCCCGACAGCUCCUGCGAGACGGAUUUUGUGCUACGGGUGUGCGGCAGGGAGGAGUAUUUGUAUGGCGAGAACCCGCUGCACAACUUCAACUGGAUCCGUCAGUGUCUGAAGAAUGCUGAGGAGAUCCACUUGGCUUUGGAGACCCCGCCAGACCCUGAACUGGAUCUGGUCCGUGAAGAGGACUGGGCCCAAGUGGACGAUUGCACUGGUGUUGCAGGCACGCACGAGCAGCUGACCAUCGACGAGAAGGACCACGAGCGAGUGUUCACCAUCUCCAUGUGGGAUUGUAACAGGAAAUUCCGGAUGAAGGUGCUGGGAAUCGACAUCCCGACUCUUCCCAAAAUUCCCGACUUUGUGGUCUACAUUGAGGCCAGCAUCUUUCACAGUCAGCAACUUCUUGCCCAGGAGCGGACGACUCCCAAAGCCUUCAAUGAAGAAGUGUUAUGGAACUGCUGGUUAGAGUUUAACAUUAAAAUCAAGGAUCUGCCCAAAGGUUCUCGUCUCAACCUCCAGGUGGUGUGCAGUAAACAACCCCAGCCUCCGGCCUCCAAACGUUCUUCCUACCAGGACAACACAUCGGGAAGUCACAACGGCAAGACCAAGAGCCGCCUCUUGUACUACGUCAACCUCCUGCUGAUCGACCACCGCUCGCUGCUGCGCCAGGGCGAGUUCGUCCUGCACAUGUGGAAAAUGCCCGAGAAGAGCGAGGAGAGCAGCAGCAGCAGCAUCAACGCCGACAAGCUGACGUCAGCCACCAACCCGGACAAGGUUUCCUCCAUGGCCGUCUCCAUCUUGCUGGAUAAGUACUGCUACCCCGUGGUGCUUCCCAAAAGCCGCGAGCAAAGUCAGGACGGCGCCGACGGACGCGAGCGAGGUCAAAGGGAUAUGCCCAACCACCUGAAGAAACAGUUUGCCGCCAUCGUGGCGACCGACCCCCUGCAUCCGUUGAGUCCUGAAGACAAAGAGCUGCUCUGGCAUUUCCGACACGAGUGUAUACGCGACCCCAGGGCCUAUCCAAAGCUGCUGUCGUCAGUCAGGUGGGGGAAACAGGAAGACGUCCUGGCGAUGCACCGCCUAUUGGAGCGCUGCACCGCAUGGGACAGCAGCGUUUUGGACGUCGGCUUGGCCAUGCAGCUGCUGGACUGCCACUACUCUGACGCUCAAGUUCGCUCCAUGGCUGUGAGGAAGUUGGAGACGCUGGAGGAUGAUGACGUGCUGCGAUACCUUCUGCAGCUUGUUCAGGCGGUCAAGUUUGAGCCCUAUCAUGACAGCGCCCUUGUCAGAUUUCUGCUCAAAAGAGCUCUUCGGAGCAAGCGUAUCGGCCAUUUCCUCUUCUGGUUCCUCCGCAGCGAAAUCGCCCAAUCCAAACAUUACCAGCAGAGGUUUGUCGUCCUCCUGGAGGCCUACCUGCGAGGGUGCGGCGAGGCCAUGCUGCAGGAUUUCGGAAAACAAGUGGAGGUGACCGAGGCUUUGCAGAAAGUCACCCGAGAGAUCAAAACCAUGUCCCCGGACAAAUAUGACGUCACCACACAAGUGGUGGGUCAGAUGCGUCAGAGGCUGGAGACACUGCAGUCGUCCGGUCUUCCGCAAGGUUUCAGGGUCCCUUAUGAUCCCGGACUGAGAGCCGGACGCCUGCUGAUCGAGCAGUGCAAAGUGAUGGCGUCCAAGAAGAAGCCGUUGUGGCUACAGUUUGAAAGGGCCGACCCCACCACCUUGUCCAAGGACCCCAUUGGUAUCAUCUUCAAGCACGGGGAUGAUCUCAGGCAGGAUAUGCUCAUCCUGCAGAUUCUGCUGAUCAUGCAGUCCAUCUGGGAGACCGAGUCUCUGGACCUGUGCCUGCUGCCUUACGGCUGCAUCUCUACCGGGAACAGGAUAGGCAUGAUCGAAAUCGUGAAGGACGCCACCACCAUCGCUAACAUCCAGCAGAGCGUCGUCGGAAGCACCGGAGCUUUCAAAGAUGAAAUCCUGAAUCAGUGGCUGCGGGAUAAAAGUGUGGGCGAAGACAAAUUUCAACAGGCCGUGGAGAGGUUUUUGCAUUCCUGUGGCGGUUACUGCGUGGCCACCUACGUCCUGGGCAUAGGCGACCGCCACAAUGACAACAUCAUGAUCACUGAAUCUGGGAAUCUCUUCCAUAUCGACUUUGGUCACAUCUUGGGGAACUACAAGAGCUUCAUGGGGAUCAGUAAGGAGUGGGUUCCCUUUGUCCUCACGCCAGACUUCCUAUAUGUCAUGGGAACGUCGGGAAAGAAAAGCAGCCCCCACUUCCAGAAAUUCCAGGAUGUAUGCGUGAAAGCUUACCUGGCUCUUCGCCACCACACCAACCUGCUCAUCAUCCUCUUCUCCAUGAUGCUGAUGACAGGCAUGCCCCAGCUGACCAGCAAGGAGGACAUCGAGUACAUCCGCGAAGCGCUCACCGUCGGCCGUAGCGAAGACGAGGCGCAGCGCCACCUUCUGGACCAGAUUGAGAUUUGCCGGGAGAAAGGCUGGAUGGUGCAGAUAAACUGGUUUGUUCACCUGGUGCUGGGGAUCAAGCAGGGGGUGGAGAAACGCUCCACAUGAGGAGGAAAAAUUAGGCAAGAUGAUUAUAAAAACAACAAUACUGAUGACAUGCUAAACUACUUGCUGUUUUUUUUUAGUGAUUUAAAUUUGAUUGGGUUUUUCAGCUUUUUACAUGAAGCCUUUCUCGUUCAACAACUACCUAUUGAACUCCAUUCUUAGGCGUUACUGCCCCCUAGCGGUGUUUACAACACACAGCACUUGUUCCAGUACAGUAUUAGAUUUGUUUGUUUGGUUCAAAAAUGCUUUCAAAUAUGUUUGAAAAAUAUAUUUACUUACAUGGGCUCUCUCGGGGACAUGCAGUCGGGGAGGCAGAGCCUCACCUGCAUCUAAAUAGUCAAAUAAAUUGUUAAUUAAAACCCUUUUCAAUUUUA